UGUUUGUGCGAGGCAGCUCUUGGAGCGGGUGAGACACACUCAGGCCAGGGCCGGCGGCUGGGAGCAUUCAGCCCCGCACCAUUACCCCCCUCUCCAACCCAACCACCCACCCACCCACAUUGCAGCAACUCUGUCAUCUUGCAAAAGGGUUCUGAGUGUGGAUCCUAUUCUAUCUCAUGGAACAAAUGUCUGCCCCGUCAGAUGUAAAGGCCUAGAAACUAAACUAGUCCUCACCAGUUUGCAACCAUCUAACGGGGAAGGGAGGAGAUCGGUGCUCAGAGAUGACCUGUUGGCCGUGCAUAUUGACACCAUUUGCGUAGAACUAUGGGCUGUGCUUCAGCCAAGCAUGUGUCUACUGUUCAAAAUGAGGAGGAAGCACAGAAGGGAAAGAACUACCAAAAUGGCGACGUCAUUGGCGAGGAGUUCAGGAUUCGAACAGUUGAGGAGGUGAAGUACAUGAAGAACGUUAGCCGGGACGAGGCCGACUGGUCUGAGAAACGCAACGCAGGUCAUGAAGAUGACCAAAAAGUAGCUGCCAGGAACCAGGAGAAUCUGGACAGAAGUGCAUUGUCAAACACGAAAGCUAAACUUGGCAAAGAGGCACCGAUUCUAACACACACGCCAAGAGCUAAUAUUCACACUUCAGACAGUCAGCAAGAGUUCUUCAAGAUGCUGGAUGAAAAGAUUGAAAGGAUCACAUGUGGAAAAUGCGAUCUUCCAAAGCCUAGCUUCUUUGACUUUGAAAGCAGACAAAAAUGGAAAGCGUGGAAGGAGUUGGGUGAUAAGACGGUACAACAGGCUAUGCAGGAAUAUAUUGCAGCUGUAAAAGAAAUGGACCCAGAGUGGAAUCCUCAGGAUUCACAGGACGAAUGUGAGCAUGUCUUAUUUGGUGGUCCGGUGGUCAGCAGCCUUUAUCAGGAGGAAAAUAUCAGGGAUGAAGACAAAACAAUUUUUGAUCACUGCAUAGAGAAUAACAUUGAUCGUGUUUGUAAAGCUAUUACAUCUAAGAAUGUGGAUAUUAACCAGAAGGACGAAGAGGGCAGAGCACUACUACAUUGGGCAUGUGACCGAGGACACAAAGACCUGGUCACGAUGUUGCUUGAACAAAAAGCUGAAAUCAAUAUUCAGGAUAGUGAAGGACAAACAGCAUUACAUUAUGCUUCCGCCUGUGAAUUUGCCGAUAUCGUGGAGUUGUUGCUGAAUUCUGGUGCUGAUCCUACAAUUCAGGAUAGGGAGGGAUGCCUGCCCGAAGAGGUGACUGACUCCAAACUCAUCUCACAAAUGCUGCAACACCAUGAAGCACCUAAAGCCUAACUCCUGAGCCUGGUGCCUGACUUCAAAUGAACUCCAUGGGAACAAAAUGUAUUGAAAUAUUGUACAAUCUGCAAUAAUUAAAAGAUGAUUCAUGUUUGCUGUG